AUGACUGAAUUCAACGAAGAAGAAAUAUCAGUUAACCCUUAUGCUGAUAAGUUUUUCCCCAACUCAAGACAAGUAUGGAGAAUUGCUUCAAACUUGAAGAAAUUAAUCGAUGAAAUCAUCCCUAUUCAAUUCAAAGAAGAAGAUAUAACGCAACCCAACUCACCAAUUAUCAAUGAACAAGUGAUUUCCUUAGUUUAUGAGGCUGCUGGUGGAAGAGGAGAUGGGAAAUUAGGUUCAUCAUCUCAUAGAUAUCAAGCUUCAAUCGUUUUCUGUUUGUUAAAAGUUUGUGGAUGGUAUUGGCAACAAUCAGAAUUCGAAUUAUAUGACACGGGUUUAUUUAAUUUAAGAGCUAUUGCUGCACAAAACUUAGCUGCUAUUAUCAUUGAUAGAACCACUAAUGAUGAGUAUUUGUUCUUAGCUAUGUUAUGUCAUAGAUAUUCAAUCUGUCUUAAUGAUGAAGAUUCUGUACCUUUAAAUGUUAUGGAAUUAGCUGUUGAUAUGCAUUGUACUACAGUUAUUGGAUCUUCAGGUUAUCAAAGAUGUAUCAAAUGGUUAUGGAGAGGUUGGAUAGUUCAAAGUGAGAAGGAUCCUUAUUCUUAUGAAUUAUAUAGAGGUGCUUCAUCUCAUAAAUUAUCUACUCAUUUUAAUCCUUCCAGAGUUAAAACUCCUUUAUAUCAAAAUAUUUUGGAAAUUUUCCUUAGUUUGGUUUACCUUGGUUUGUUUUCCAUCGUUUUGAAUACUCAUAAUUUACCAAGUGAAGGAUUAGAUGUAUUUGAAGUACUUUUCUAUAUCUUUACAUUAGGUUUGAUUUCUGAUGAAUUGAUCAAAUUUUAUCAUAUUGGAUACAAUUAUUUUGGUUUCUGGAAUGCUUUUAAUGAUGUUAUGUACUCAAUUGUUGCUGUAGCCGUUGGAUUUAGAAUUGCUAGUUUGGUUCAUAACAAUCCUAGUAAAGAAAUUUAUGAUGAAAUGUCUUUCAGAAUCUUAUCUUUAGCUUCACCAAUGAUGUGGUCAAGAUUAUUAUUAUACUUGGAUGCACAAAAAUUCGUUGGAGCUAUGAUUGUGGUUAUUAAGACUAUGAUGCAAGAAUCUAUCUUAUUCUUUGUUAUGUUGUUCUUUAUUCUUGUAGGAUUCUUACAAGGAUUUUUAGGUUUAGAUGCAGCUGAUGGUAAAAGUGAAGAAACCAAAGCUAUUUUCCUUUUCUUAGUCAAAAGUGUUAUUGGAUCUUCAGGGUUUGCUGAUGUUGAAAUGUUAGUUCAACCUUAUGCUUCAAUAUUAUAUUUUGUAUUCACAUUUGUUCUUAGUGUUAUUUUGAUGAAUAUUUUAGUGGCUUUAUAUUCAACUGCUUAUGCUAAUAUUGUUGAUAAUGCCACUGAUGAAUAUUUUGCUUUAGUUGCACAAAAAACUUUAAGAUAUAUUAGAGCUCCCGAUACUGAUUUAUUCAUUCCUCCAUUUAAUUUGGUAGAAUUCCUUUUAACUCCAGUUUUUGCUUUUGUACCUUAUAAAUAUGUUAAGACCAUCAAUCAUUUCGUAUUAUUGACCUUGUAUUCACCAUUAUUGUUAUAUAUUUCCAUUGACGAGUUAUCAAAUGCUAGAAGAAUUCAUUAUAAUAGAUAUAAAGGAUUAGCUGAUGAUGCUAAUGAAAUCGAUACCGAAUGGGACUUAACUGAUGGAUAUGUUGAUUCAACCGGUGAUGCAUGGGAUGCUAUCCAAGAAAGUAAUAGUCAAGUUUCCCAAGCUUUACAAGAUCAAAGAAAUGCUGAAAAUGAAGAUCCUGAAUUCAAGAUUAAUCUUAUCGAGUUCCAUGAAAAGAUUAAAAAUAUUGUUCAACCAGUUACCGAAGCUCAUAAGGUUGGUGUCAAAUGGGAAUUAAUGGAAAUUUACACAAAGAUCAAUAAAUUGACUGAAUUAGUUGAAGUAGUUGUUGAAGAGAAUAAACUCUUGAAACGAGCUGCUAAGGUAGAAGCUGCCAAAGUUGAAACUAAAGAAGAACCAGUUAAAGAAGAACCUGUGAUCAAACAAGAACCGGAGAAGAAGAGCAAAUCUAACGAAUCCGUCAAAUCUAAGGAUUCAAAGAAAUCCAAGAAGAAAUAG